AUGAGUUUCUACGAAGUUAUUAUUCCGCCAGCCAAUGCUGUUGUGGUUGGCUCCACUUGUUUUGCCCUCGGUGCCAUCUACGGCAACUUGCCAUACGACUUCCAGACCCUCUGGAGCGGCACCUAUAGUGACGAAGCUGUUGCCCGCUCCGUCGCUCAUUACGCGCUCUGGGGGAACUCGCCAAACUUUGUCCACUACAUCCUCCACGGGGUCAUGGCCUUGGGGUUCCUCGGAAUGUUUGUGAAAUUGUACAAGCCUAAUCCAGAUGCGAAGAUGUUCGAGUACGGGACCUUGGGGCUCUACAUGGCGGGGGUUAUCUUCUACUUGACCAAUAUGCGCAUCGGUGUGCAGUCGGCCAUUGUUGGUGAAUGGGGCGACGUGGACGAGAGAACCGGAAUCAACGUCAUCGCUGCGUCCGAGGUGUUCAUCGUGUUCAUUUAUGUUGGGAUCUUGGUAUUGCAGGGUGGCUUGUACUACGCCCAAUGGGAGGACGCCAAGUUAAAGGCAAAGUUCUAUGCGGACGAAGCUGCGUUGGAAGCCCAGCAGAAGGCCGCACAGGGUGAGGUUGAGACCGUCGAAGAAGUCGACGCCACCACCUCUUCCUCUGCCAAGGCCUCUGGGUCCAAGGCCACCAAGAAGAGCAAGGCUAAGAACUAGGUUACCAGUUAGGUUCUCCCUUUUCCUGUUUUGAAACAGAUAUGACUCUAACAUGUGCAUUUGCUUCUGUGAACGCUUCGUGAUUUCAAAUGUAGACUUAGGGGUCUCAAGGAGAUAACAAUCCCGGUCGUGAGUCCCAUCCUCCAAGUUUGUCUCAAGGAGGUCAAUAAAAUCAUCUGAUUCGUCGGAGAUUAGUAAAACUAUCUGACUCGCCGGAGCUUAGAUAUUAGUGAGGUGGUUCUGAGAAACCAGCGAGGUAGUGCCCCACACAUAUACAACUGUCUUUUUCCGUGCGUUUUUCCUAAAAUCCAUCCAAUGACAGUGGUGUUCAUGUACGAUUUGUACCUCAGGAAAAAUCCGU